AUGGACAGAAGGUCUGCUAGAAUAAAAGCAGAGUUAGAAAGAUAUGGUUGGAAAGUUUCGAAGAAGUUUAAAUAUAGGAAGGGAAGACCCAUAAAAGUCUAUGACAAAUUAUCUGGUCUUCGCUAUGAGAUGGACUUGGAAACAGCACGUGCCAAUUAUCCAAACAGACUAGAGAGGUUAGAAGAAGAACGUCUUAUGGACAUGCCUUUCGAUGUUAGUGAACCUCAAGUUGAAGGACACGACGGCUUUGCCAGAUUCUACUGGAAACAUGACGAACAAUUGCAUCCUUUGAGAAGGAAAAAAGGAAAAGGUGAAGACGCACAUGCUCCCAUGGAAAGAACAAGAUAUGCAUAUGAAAAGUAUCGUGAAGUUAGAAGUCAAAUUACAUCUGGUCGAACCUUUACAGUAAACUUUGACGAAGGAAAGAACAAAGAAGGCUUCAUGGGAGUACUUGCUGCCAUACAAGACGGAAAUAAGAAAGGAUACAAUCUCAGAUUGACCAUAACAGAUUUGGACGGUCAUAUAUACUAUGCGCAUGGCAAUGUCACAACAGCUGCAAUGCUUCUUGACGCUUUCAAGACUACAAAGAGAGAACAAAUGGUUGACUCCGACUCAGACAUUUUGAAUGCAAUUGAAGGAAUUGCAAGUGUCAAGUUCGAAUGGUACCAACCUAACCCUCAAGCAGUCAGACAACAUGCUGGAUACUUCCCCUUCAUAAAUAAGUCUGACAUUGACUUGACAAGGUAUGGAAUUUACAAUUCAAUUGAAAAAAUUGUCAAUGAACCUUGUAUUCUUACAUGUCUCAGGAACUCUGGUCUUGUUUCAGAAGAGAAAAUGAAGUAUCUUGAGUCAUGUGUGAAGACAAG